AGUUAAUCAACAGUCCUACACUACCAGAUCACCCGUGCUACUGAACGUCGACAUUAUUGUAGUAUAAUCUUAAAGUUUUGACCAGAUUUUUGCAGCAUAUAUUAGUUUUGCCGACUAGUACCGGGCUGAAAUGAAAGCGGGCGUGCUACAUUGUCGGUGCCCUAAAUGUUUUUCUUUACCUGCGCGGAAACGGGUCCGAAAGCAGGUUCCCUCACUGACGCUCCUGUCUCUUCCUGAGGAAGUGCUCCUGUGUGUUCUGCAGUGCCUCUCUGCUGAAGAUCUGCUGACUGUUCGAGCUGUGCACUCUCAACUCCGUGAUCUCAUCGACAGCAACUCGUGCGUCUGGGCACGGGUAAGCUUCAAGGACCGCUGGCCAGCUCCGGAUACUGUCUGGCUUUUUGAAAGAGCUGCAGAAAAAGGAAAUUUUGAGGCAGCGGUGAAGCUAGGAAUUGCAUAUUUGUACAACGAAGGACCAUCUCUUAGUGAUGAAGGUCGGGCUGACUUGUGUGGCAGGAUGGCCGCUCGAUUCUUCAGCCUGGCAGAGAGCCUGCGCUCCCCCAUGGCUGACCCCUUCAUCUGGGUCUUUAUCAGGCCCCCUUGGUCUCUUUCUGGAAGCUGCUGCAAGGCAGUUGUAUAUGACCAUCUCAAAGCAGAGAGUGACACCAACUUGGAGAGAAAAGGAACGUUACUGCAUUGCUUGUUUAGAGUUCUUCAGUUGUUUGAUGAUGAGGAGAAGCACAUGGAGGCACUUGCUGUAUUGGAGGAGUCGUCAAAUUGUGGCAGUGUGCAGAGCUCAUACCUGCUGUGGGAGCAGAAUCGCAGUGCUGCGAUGUGUGACCCCGGGAGGUAUCUUCAGUGUGUGCGAACUCUUAGGGACUAUGCAGCCAAGGGCUGUUGGGAAGCGCAGCUGUCUUUAGCAAAGUCCUGUGCCAGUGGCAAUCCCCUGGGUUUGGAGCCCCAAGCCUGCGUUGACUUGGUUGCACAGCUCUUUCUCUCUUGUCCAUCCCCAGCUCGACAAGCUGAAGAUCUACGCAGACAGGGCAUCAAUGACACGAUGAGGUAUAUACUGGUCGACUGGUUGGUGGAAGUGACUACCAUGAAGGAUUUCUCCAGCCUGGCACUGCAUGUGACAGUGGGUUGCGUGGACCGUUAUCUGUCCCGUCGUUCUGUGGCAAAGGCUAGGCUGCAGCUUUUGGGUAUUGCCUGUAUGGUUAUCUGCACAAGGUAUAUCAGUAAAGAUAUUCUGACUAUCCGAGAGGCUGUUUGGCUCACUGAUAACACAUAUCAGUAUGAGGACUUGGUCAGGAUGAUGGGGGAGGUCAUCUCUGUGUUGGAAGGGAAAAUCAGAAUUCCCACUCUGCUAGACUAUGGUGAAGUGCUACAGUCCUUGCUGCCCAUGGAGCGACGAAGUACCCAUCUCUUCAGCUACAUCUGUGAGCUCUCUCUGCUUUGCUCUCCCCUUGCUGUGCCUAGUCCUGCUCGCCUUGCCUGCGCCACCCUGCUGCUCACCCGAGCGUUACACAAUUAUGCUCCUGUUUGGCCAAACCAGCUGGUUGAGAACACUGGCUUUUCUAAGGAGGAGCUAGUGCCCUGUGCUUUGCUGCUCUAUAUCAAGUGCUUUAGUCAAGAUGCACCCAAAGACUACAGACAUGUCUCCUUAAUUGGUGUUAAGCAAAGGUUCGAAAGUGAUUCAUACCAACAGAUUAGCAAAGAGCUGGUAAUGGGGUUUAAAGAACUGUGCCAAGUCCUGGAGGUUCCAGAUGUGGAACCCAAAUUUGACCCUCCUAGUGCCAGUGGCCAUUCAGCGGACAUGCAUACCUUCCUGUCUUCUCCAUCUAGCAACAGUAAGAGGAGGCGAGAGGAUAGCAUGCAGACCCACCGAGGCAGCUUUGUGGCCACACCCACAGCUGAACUGUUCACUCAGGAGGAGACUCUUCUGGGCGAUAUCCUUGACUGGAGCCUAGACGCUUCUUGCUCAGGCUAUGAGGGUGAUGAAGAAAGUGAAGGAGAGAGAGCCACUGAAACCUCAGCCCUCACCUUCCAGCUGCAGCUCUCCAUGGAGUCUUCUGACCGACUGGUGCACUGUCGUGCUCUCUCCAGCGAUGAGGAUGGCAUGAGUGAAACUGAAGCCACUACGAAGGAGACCUUUGGAGGCAGCAGCCACAGCAGACCAUGGUUUUGCCAGCCUUCUUCAACUUCUUCCUCAAAAGGCCCACUCUGCAUUGACCUUCACAGUUCGGGCUACUCUUCCGUCCAAAGCAGCAGCCCUUCAACCGCCACUGCUCCCACACUGGUGACCUGUUCUCUUUCCCCCCUGAGCCCGGUCUCAGCCUCAGCAUCCGCCUCUCCCGGCUUCCGCCUCCUUGUGCCCAUGCAGAGGCCCUGUGAUUCAGCCCAUAGACAAGUGAAAAGGAAGAACACAGCUGCUCAUAGUGGUGGAGAAAUAGACAUGGAAAUUGAAAAGGAGGAAGAAAAGAUUACUGUCGCCAAUGCAUCGUUCAUCAGUUAAUGGCUUUAGUAACCAUGAUUAUGUGGAUUGUUAAGGGUGCCUUUUAACAGUUUGCUUGUCAGGUGUAAGGUCUGUGAUAAACAGUCAAAAAGGUUUA